AUGGUGGUGUGUUCCUUGUUGAAUUUUCAGGCGAUUCCGACAUCAUCAAUGCAACACCAGCUGUACAAAAUAACAAAAAAUUCCCAGGUGUCAGACUGGUUCCUGAAUAGGAAGAAGGACUACAAGGACAUGAGGUUCUCCCGGGUCAUCUCCAACGCCGUCGACAUGAAGCUCAGGGAUGACCUUGAGAGGCUCAAGAAGAUCAUGGAGCUCUGCAUCCGAGUCUCAUCCAUCCUCGGCAGCAAGGAGCUGGGCCAAGGGAGCAAGCAGCGCUGCUGGUUACUUGGGGCCAGAUCGAGUAAGAUGGCGCACCAUGGCGUGUGGUGGCCUAUUUUUCUUCCAAGAGCAGUACUGUUUAUUUGA